UUUACUUUUUCAGUGACGUGCCAUCGCGGUGGGCGUGUCUUCGUGCAGGUUGUGUGAAACAGGCAGGUGAGACGUCUUCGUGCUUCAGGAUGCAGUCAUGGCUUCAGGCCUUUGUGACAUUUGCUCCCGACUGUUUGCGGAUCUUUUGAGGAGAGCUUGGGGAGAAUUGGAGCACAGAAUGAAGGAAGUUUUCAGAGAGAUCCGUCGCUGCACCUGCUGCAAGAUGACACCUGAGAGGAGGACGGAUCAUGAUUUACCGAUUUUACACCUGAUGUGUGAUAAUGAAAUUCAACUUCUCAAUCAGGAAACUCUACAAACACUGAAUAGACUUGCAGCCUCAGAAAACUCUGAUCUACAAAUGACUGCAGCUGUGUAUUAUUUACAACUCAGCCAUCACUUGAAAUCCCCUUUACCAGAUGCCUUCAUGGAGCCUUUCAUGGCUUUGCUUCUAUCUACUGACCUGGAUGUCCAGAAAACUAUCUCCCUGUCCCUUGUCAACCUGUUGGUCAAGAAUAAUGUGUGCAAAGAUCUGGUGAUUGAAAUGGGGAUGCUGGUGCCGAUACUGGAGCUGUUCCAGUCUGGUGAUCCCACCGCUCAGUGUCACUCCUGUGCCUGUGUCGCCAUGCUGGCCUCCUCAGAGUCAAACAGAGAAGCCCUCAUGGUGGAUGGAAUCAUCCCACUAUUGGCUUUAGCAAAAUCCUACGAUCCGAAGGUACAACGGAACGCGACCUGGGCUUUACUACACCUCACACAGUCAGAUUGGUCAACAAGGAUUUUAUGCCAGGCCGGAGCUGUUCCUGUUUUGGUUCUUCUGCUUCAGUCGUCAGAUUCAGAGGUUCAGUUUUACAGCUGCUCUGCUCUGUGCAACAUCGCUGCUGCUGCUGAGGAGCAUCACGCAAAGCUGCUCAGCGUCGGAGGUCAAUAUUUAUCAAAGUCUCUGCUGACUCUCAUGUCCUCUUCUGUGCAAAAGAAUUCAGCUCAAGCGUGCAGAUGCCUACAGAUGCUUUCAAAGCACGUUCUGAUCCAGGAGCAGCUGUUGGAGCUUGACUGUGUGCUGCCUCUGAAGGCUCUACUGAAAACAUCGACUCCUGAGUGGAUCGAAUCAGGCCUCGCUCUGCUGUCCACGUUGUCUGCACACCCACAAAACCGUGACAUCCUGGUGGGUGAAGGACUGUUGGAGGAGAUCAGUGAGCUGCUUCAUCAUCCCAGAUCCACCGCUGCUAUAAUCACACACUGCUGCAAGAUAAUCACUGACCUGUGCAGUUCCUGCCUGGAUGAGCAGGGUGUCAUGGAAAGUCUGUGUUUAUCAGGACUCCUCUGGGCACUUCUGUCUCCCAGCCAAUCAGACGAGCCGUUGCUACAUGUGACAUCAUGCUUAAACCACCUGAUGACCUGCGAUGUACUUAAGUCUAAGUUUUCUGCAACAGUGAAACCAGAACAUGUUUCAGAACUUGUAAAGCUGUCUGGACAAAUAAGAAAUCCUCAGCUGUCAUACAGCUGUGCAGCUGUCGUCAGCAAAUUAGAAAUGACAGAGGAGAUGUUCCAGAUGCUGAAGCCUCACUACAUCACCAUGUCCAAGUACCUGUUGGCAUUUCUCAAGAAGAAAGAUGUGAAAUUCCAGCAGCUUGGCAUAGCUACCAUAUUCAACCUCAAGAAAGAUGCAGACUUUUCAUCGCUGGUGGCCAACAGUGAGCUGGAAGCUGAGCUGUGGAAGGUUCAUGCACAGACAGAGGAAACCAGACAGCUGCUGCAAAUGAUUCAGCCUCUUUCUCCUUGUUCUGUCAACCCUGGACUCUCUCAGCAUAAAUACUGAU